CUGCGAGUUGAAGGCCAUGAAUUUCGAAUUCGAGCGAGAGAUUGGUUUUAUCAAUAGUCAGCCAUCGCUUGCUGAGUGCCUGACAUCUUUUCCCCCUGUCGGUGAUACAUUUCAAAGUUCAUCAAUCAAGAACUCGACGCUUUCACACUCGACACUGAUUCCUCCUCCUUUUGAGCAGACCAUCCCCAGCCUGAACCCAAGCAGCCACCCUCGCCACAGCGGCGGCGGCCGCCCCAAGGCGAGCCCCCGCGGCCGCAGCGGCAGCCCGGGCCCCGCCGGCGCCCCGCCGCCCCCGGAGUACCCCUGGAUGAAAGAGAAAAAGGCGUCCAAGCGAUCCGCCCUGCCGCCCGCCUCGGCCUCUGCCUCAGCCGCUGGACCUGCCUGCCUCAGCCACAAAGACCCCCUUGAAAUCCCCGAUAGUGGUAACGGUGGAUCUAGGCGGCUGAGGACGGCUUACACCAACACCCAGCUUUUGGAGCUAGAGAAAGAAUUUCAUUUCAACAAGUAUCUCUGUAGACCGAGGAGGGUUGAGAUUGCAGCCUUGCUGGAUUUGACUGAGAGACAAGUCAAAGUCUGGUUCCAGAACAGAAGGAUGAAGCACAAGAGACAGACCCAGUGCAAAGAGAACCAAAACAGUGAGGGGAAAUUUAAGAGUUUAGAGGACCCGGAGAAGGCGGCGGAGGACGAGGAGGAGGAGAAAGCCCUCUUCGAGCAAGCCCUCAGCAACGUCUCAGGCGCUCUUUUGGAAAGGGAAGGCUACGCUUUCCAGCAGAAUGCACUGUCGCAGCAGCAGGCGCAGAAUGCGCACAAUGGCGAGUCCCAAAGUUUCCCCGUUUCGCCUUUAACGAGCAAUGAGAAAAAUCUGAAACAUUUUCAACAUCAGUCACCCACUGUUCAAAACUGCCUCUCAACAAUGGCCCAGAACUGUGCAGCUGGCCUAAACAAUGACAGUCCUGAGGCCCUAGAUGUCCCUUCUUUACAGGACUUUAACGUUUUCUCCACAGAUUCCUGCCUACAGCUUUCAGAUGCAGUUUCCCCCAGUUUGCCAGGAUCUCUGGACAGUCCCGUAGAUAUUUCUGCUGACAGUUUUGACUUUUUUACAGACACACUCACCACAAUAGACUUGCAGCAUCUGAAUUACUGAGAAAUUAAAGACGUCCUCUCCAAGGGUCCUGCCUUCUCCUCCUUAUUCUCCCUCCUUAUUUUUAUUUUUAUUUUUUCAGUGAAUUAAUUUUAUUUCCCCAUCCCACCCCUUUUCUCGGUCAGUAUUUUCUGUUUAUUACCUCCCUUUUGCUGUGCCAUUUUACCGUUUCCUACGAAGUUUUAGUUGUGUUCAAUUUUAACCUAGCCACAUUCUAGGUCCUUCUAUGAAAGCAAUAUAUGAGGUCUGUAAGAAAGUGAUCAUAUAGGAAUUGUAUCGUCACUUUCUUUUUAUUUUUGUAUUGCAUUAGGAUGCGUUGUCAUAAGUAUUUUUGGUAGAAUAAAUUCUUGUUUGCUACAAGGAGCUUUCUCUUUUUUUUCUUUCCCUUUCUCCCUCUCUCUUGCUCUCUCUCUCCUUCCAGGACUGAUAACACUGCGGGUUU